AUGCGCAAAGUUGGGUAUUGGACGAGACAAGUGUCUGGCAACCUGAUUCAGUCGUCCGAACAUGGAUCAGGAGAAGUAACUCAGGGGAAAGAGGACUUCCUCAGCCCUACACCACCUCCCCGAGCUUCGUCAAACACCCGUUGCGAACCCAAGUCUUCCCAUCAUUGUUCGCCAUCAUGGCAAGUGCCGCCUUCGUCUUACGCGCGUCAUAUCCACCGGUUCGCUAAUACCUCGGCCCAGAGUUCCGAGGCACGACUGUACACCUUCUCCGAUGAGACCAAAACCAAGCUACGCAAGUUCCGUCUAGGCACCUCGCGCGCCAAAGACCCCCAGGCUGUCAUCUACGAGAUCGAUAAGAAGACGCUCGAAGUACGCCAGGCAGACGACGAUGUCUACUCCGACGUCCAGAGCCUCGCCGACGAGCUGCCCGACCAUGCCCCGCGAUUUGUGCUCUUGAGCUACCCGUUGACCCUCGACUCGGGACGAUUAUCGGUGCCAUACGUUAUGCUAUACUACCUGCCCAUAACAUGCAAUAGCGAGGUGAAGAUGCUGUACGCCGGUGCAAAGGAGCUGAUGCGCAACACCAGCGAGGUCAACAGGAUCAUCGAGAUCGACAGUGCUGAGGACCUGGAAGAGAUCGAGAAACUGCUCAAGGAUGUCUAG